AUGGCCCAUUGGUUCGUCGCCGUGACGCUGGCUUUGCUGCCCUCAGUGGCAGUGGGUGGUGCCUGUACACCGCCGGAGAGCUGCCCCAAGCUGUCCGAUGGCCUCUACUGCCCUGUCAACGACGUGACGGAGCACGGAGCCGCCUGGUUGGGGUUAGGAGCGCGGCAACGGCGGGAGCCGCGCAACGGCGACAUCAAUCGGGACGUGAAGCUCAUCAGCCAGCUCUUGAAGGAUGACAACUAUGCGGAAGCCUUGGCGGUCUACACCAGUGGCAACUUUUCCUCCAAGGGCAUCUGGGCUGCAAGAAUGAGGUGUGGGCCGCAGGAGCCCUUGAUUCUCUUACAACUGGCUGCAGCAGCGCCAGGCCGCUAG